UCCAGGCUGCUGACGGACGCAGUUAGAUUUAUUAUUAUUUUUUAUUUUAUUUAAUUUUUAAUUCCACUGGAAAAAGAAGAAGAGCUCCUAGGCAGGACUGGGUGGCUUCCUGUCCCCAUCGUAACCAUUUCCCCCUCCCCCGACUGCGUUACGACUCCAAAACAACGCGUUUAAACGGCGCAAAAAAAAGGACUUAAACGAGGAAGACGAGGAGCGAGCAUCUCUAACUUCUGCAAUCAUGAUGUCCAUGAACAGCAAGCAAGCUUUCAGCAUGCAUCCGAUUCUCCACGAGCCCAAAUACGCACCUCUGCACUCCAGCUCGGAGGCGAUCCGAAGGGCAUGUCUGCCCACACCGUCGCUGCAGGGAAACAUCUUUGCAGGCUUCGAUGAGACGCUCCUGCAGAGAGCCGAGGCUCUGGCCGCGGUGGACAUCGUGACCCAGAAGAGUCACCCAUUCAAGCCAGACGCCACGUACCACACCAUGACCACGAUGACAGGCAUGACGGGGACGCCGACGUCCUCAGCGUCGCACCUGCACCACCCGUCCGUGCUCACGUCUCAUCACCACGCACACCACCCACACCACCACCACCACCAGACUCAGGGUCUGGAGGGGGACCUUCUCGAGCACCUCUCGCCGGGCAUCUCGCUCGGUGGCAUGCCGACCGCCGCGGACGUGGCAUCGGGCGCAUCGCACGCACACUCGCACAUGGCCGCGGCCAUCAACCACGCGCAGCACCAUCACCACCCGCACGCGCAGGCCGUGAACGUGCACCACUCGCACCACGCCCUGGCCGCACACGCCUCCCUCGCCGCCGCCGCCGGCGCCGCAGCGUGCGACGCCGAGCCCGACCCUCGCGAGCUCGAAGCGUUCGCCGAGCGCUUCAAGCAGCGGCGCAUUAAACUCGGCGUCACCCAAGCGGACGUGGGCUCCGCGCUCGCCAACCUCAAGAUCCCCGGCGUCGGGUGCCUGAGCCAGAGCACCAUCUGCCGCUUCGAGUCGCUCACGCUCUCCCACAACAACAUGGUGGCCCUGAAACCAAUCCUCGAAGCGUGGCUCGAGGAGGCCGAGAGGGCGCAGCGAGAGAAGAUGGCCAAGCCCGAGAUCUUCAGCGUGGGCGACAAGAAGCGCAAGCGCACGUCCAUCGCGGCGCCCGAGAAGCGCUCGCUCGAGGCCUACUUCGCUGUGCAGCCACGACCCUCGUCCGAGAAGAUCGCCGCCAUCGCCGAGAAGCUCGACCUCAAAAAGAACGUGGUGCGCGUGUGGUUCUGCAACCAGCGGCAGAAACAGAAGCGCAUGAAGUUCUCGGCGACGCACUGAACAUCUGAACAAAAAUAUAAUAAUGAUAAUAAUAAUAAUAAUAAUAAGAAGAAGAAGAAUAAACGUUUUAUUGGACACAAAGGAAACUUUCGACAUCCCAAAAACAAAACAACAAUUCAGACAAAAGGUUAAAUCAAACAAAACCCACGCGCCGGGGAAGAUACAAAGAUCUCACGGAGGAUAAUUUCGAGCCUGGAUGAGAGCAUGCAGGAGAGCAACUCCACUCACGGCGGAUGAGAAGAUGAAGAGAAAGGAAGAAAGGAAAAGAAAAGAAUACCGGAAAAAAAGAAGAAGAAAUGAAAUAACUUAUUGUACAAAAAAAUGGAAAUAGAAUAAUUACAUAUUCUCUUAAAUAACUCUUUUUAUAUUGAUUCAUGUACAUAACUGUGAAUACAUGACACACAUCUGUGAAGAUCUCACCGUCCUUUUAGGGUUUUUUUUCACUUUCUCUUUUUCUUUUUUGGUUUUCGAGGAGAAAAAAAAAGGAAGAAAAGGUUUAAAGAAAAAGUUUGCCAUCAUAAAAAAACUUUCAUGUCAUUCAGUGUGUUUGGGAGGAAGAGACCUGGUCGAGAUUAGGGGUCUGGCUUUCUGGAAUUUGUCGCAUGGUUUCAUUUAUUUUAAGGCGCUUUUAUUAUUUGACUCCCCGUUUUUUUGACGCAUCGCAAUAAAUACGCACAGGCGAAGGCGCGCGCACACACACACACACACACACACACACACACACACACACACACACACAUAUAUACACAAUGACCCCCCCUUCCCCCCACCACUAAGUCUGCGUCUACCUCAUGAUCCUGACACAUUUUUACCCAUUUUGGAAAUAAUAAUAAAAAAUUGAAUACGCGGCUUUCAAAUCGGGCAUCUUGUUUUUCAAAAAAAGAGAAGAAAAUAAUGCUUUCAAAAAAUGAAGACAAAAAAUCGGAUUGUGGUAUGUCUCAGCUAAUUUCACUGCAACGAUGCUUUGACAAUCAAGUGGUUACAAUAAUGAUGGGCUCUUCAUGAAAAAUCUUAUUUGAACAUAUGUUCUGCUAUUAUUAUUAUUAUUAUUAUUAUUAUUAUUAUUAUUAUUAUUAUUAUUAUGACCGGGCCUGUGAAUGGAAACAUGGAGUCACUGCAUUCUGAAAACAAACAAAAAGUUCAUUGCACUUUGUAGAUAUUGUUGAAAGAGACUACCAAUUUUUUUUUGUUGUUUGACUUAUUUAUAUUUAAAAAUAAAUGAUUUUUAUUGUUUUUUUUUUCUUUUUCGUCGUAUUUACUAAUUUAUUUGAACAUUAAUUUAUUUUAAAGUUGUCAUAUUUUUCAUUUGUGAACGUGUGUUUAAAUUGUGUCUGUGUAAAUCGACAGAAAAAAAAUUUCAAAUAAACCAUGCACGUUUUACCUCACUGGUGA